AGGAAACAUGCUGCAGGUCAGAAUUGGUCCAUCCAAACGCCCAGGCAUCUUGAAGUUCUGGAAGUUCAUAGCAGCCGCCCUGUCUCUGGCUUCUUUCUCCAUCUUUCUGCUCCAAAAAUACAGUGACAUUUUCAGUCUCACGACUGAAAAAAAAGCCAUGUCAGAAAGGUUAAAGAAAAUGAAAUCAGUGAAUCCAUGUCCAGUGAUGAUCUGCUCCAAGGAACAGUUCAGCUUCUACAUUCAAAGUGGAGCGGCCAACGUCGUCCCUCCCAAAAUCUGCUUCAGGAACGAACUAGUUCUGGGAGUAGAAAAGAAAAAUGCUGGAGUUGGAAUUAAUGCAGUUAUUAUAAAUGGGAAAACUGGAGAGCUCAUACAGACAGGACACUACAACAUGUGGGAUGGAGAUGUGAAUCCUCUGAUAGAACUACUCAAAACAACAGAAACAGGAUCCAUCGUCCUCAUGGCUUCAUAUGACGAGGCCUCCUCAAAAUUAAAUGAUGAGGCUCGUGAACUGAUUCUAAAUUUGGGAAGCUCCUUCGUGAAGUCUCUUGGAUUCAGGGAUAACUGGAUUUUCGUGGGCGGGAAAGGAGCCGAAGUGGACAAAACAUUUGAAAAACACAUGAAGCAUGACCCUCAGAAUAACAAAUAUGAGUUCUGGCCUGAACUCAUCGACCUCACCGGCUGCAUCCCCAAAUACCCGAACUGAAAGAACGGGGACUAAACCAGGACUAUAAAAGGACCGGUCUGAGGAAAACCGGUUAUGAUCCUGGACUAUGAAGGUUCUGAGAGACCCUUUUAGAGAGAUGUCGAGUCUGUUACGUAAGAGGUUUGGCGGUGCAUAGUUCACUUUUCUGAAAUGGUUCUGACCCAAGGUAAAAAUCAGGACUAAACCAGGAAGCGGUCUAACCAAGAGGUACAUCAGUGAAGUCUUAAAGAGGUCUACCCCAGGCUGUAUAUUUAGACUAAAACAGGUCUUACCCGGACUAAUUAUUGACCACAAACUAAACCAGUUUGGAUAAGUUUAGGUCUAAAUAAAGCUAGCCCAAGACUAAAACUAAAUUAACCAGGAGUAAACCAGGACCAAGACUAAACCAGGCCAAAACCAGAUCAAACUGGCUCAGAGUAGUAUUUCAUGUCAUUACAAUCUUUUAAACACCAAGUAUCUUGUAAGAAAUAUAUUUGGCCUUCCAAGUUCCACUAGAUCUAAACCAUGUCUAAAGAAGGUCUAAACUCGGGCUAAACUAACACCAAAUUAAACAUUAUAACUGAAGAGGAGCAUGUGUACCAUAGUUUCAGAACCACAAUAUAUUUAUUCCGAGUUAUUAUGCUGUGGAUGAGGCGGUUGUACUGUUUAUGUGUUACUCCUUACUUUUGGGGCUUUGCAGGAAAACUUGUAUAAACAUGUAAAUAUUUUAACAUGUGACUUUUGUAUGUGAAGGAUUUUUAAAUUAAAUAUUGUAAAAUAAAUAAGUACAUUCAUUCUGUCACAGUGGCUGACCCUGAAGGAGCAGCAGUUUGGUUUAUUCAGUGUUUUUAUAGUCACACGUUGUCUUAUUUGGUUAAUAUUUAAACUCCUCCUUUGGUGAAAAACAUGACACAAAGUAAUAAGUUUACUGGGAGUGCUCUGAUGACUUUAUAUUGUGAAUUUAUAUAUGACAGGCUACACUUUUUAUUCAAAUGUACUUAUAGUCUUACCGUUCUUAUUUUACUUCCUGGCUGGACAUGGACAGUAGAUAUGACAUACAUAGAGAUAAUUCCAGCUUUAUUAACUAGCAACCAUAAUGAGAACUAACGCCAAAACAAAUAAAAACACAGCACAUUUAUUUUGUUUAAUGAAGGUUUAAACUGUCAGAAAACUGCAUUCCUUGUCUCUGUAAUGUGGAUGGAAGUCUCUGUCUUGAUGACUUAAGUAGAAGUAUUCUGUUUUAUAACUCAGCGCUACUUUCUUUCUCACUUUUCCCCCACAAACUCCCACUUUACUGAUGUAAAACUGUAAUAAACAUUGCUCCACAUUUACUAUCCCACUAAAAC